AUGGCCAACCCAGAGACAGCCAAGGUGGAGGUGGAGGUGGAGAAGCACGCGUAUUCCGUGUGGGCGCUCCCACCGGACGACGUGGCAACCCGGCUGAAGAAGCUGAUGGACAGCCUACGAUCCGAGUUCGGCGGGCCCCACUUCGAGCCCCACAUCACGGUCGUCGGGGCCAUCAGUUUGACGCCGGACGACGCGCUUCGCAGAUUCCGAUCGGCGUGCGACGGCGUCAAGGCCUACGCUGCCUCCGUGGAUCGUGUCGCCUUUUAUCAGUGUGUUUUGCUCCUCGUCCAUCCAACGGCUGAGGUAGUGGAAACUAGGGCACAUUGCAAUGGGCAUUUCGGAUUCAAGACAUCUACUCCUUACAUGCCACAUUUGAGCCUCCUUUAUGGGGAUCUGACAGAAGAGGAGAAGAAGAAAGCUGAAGAAAAAGCUAACAUCUUUGAUGAAAGCAUUAGGAGCCUGAGCUUCCAAGUUACUCGUCUUGCAUUAUACAAAACAGACACUGAAGACAAAACUCUCAAAUCCUGGGAGAAAAUUGCCGAAUGCAACCUUAUCUCAAGUUAGCUUCUUCUUCUUCUUCUUCAUGUUUCAAAAGCUUCAUAAUCAUGCUUUUUGGUUUGUAAUAAUUAAGGAUCAUGGUGUUCCUAUGCUCCUUCUUCAUCCUUUUUGUUUGUAAACUCCUGUUCUGCUUUUUCUUCUGUCAUUGUCUGUAAUUAUGGUGAACUAUGGUAGACUCUUCCCUUGCACUAGGAUUUUGAUUUAUAAGAAAUUUGGGGUCCAAUAAGUUAUCUACAUUUUGAGGAAA